AUGGAGAUGGCGCGGGCGCCCGCCCCCGCCUCGUCCAGGCCGCGCACCGUGGAGGCUAUCUACAAGGACUUCGCAGCCCGCCGCGACGGCCUCGUCCGCGCGCUCACCUCCGAUGUCGACGACUUCUACGACUUCUGCGACCCAGACAAGGAGAAUCUCUGCCUCUACGGCAACCCCGACGGCAGCUGGGAGGUGGCGCUGCCGGCGGAGGAGGUGCCGCCCGAGCUGCCCGAGCCGGCGCUAGGCAUCAACUUCGCACGCAACGGCAUGCACCGCCGCGACUGGCUCUCCCUCGUCGCCGUGCACUCCGACUCAUGGCUCCUCUCCGUCGCCUUCUUCUUCGCCGCGCCGCUAAGCGCUAACGAACGGAAGCGCUUGUUCAGCUUGAUCAACGAUCACCCAAACGUGUACGAAAGUAUGGUUGCCAGGAAGCACAGUAGCGGCAAAUCCAGACACUCAUCAAAGCCAAAGCAGCGAAGAGAGGAUGUUCAUGCAAAGAACUCCAGGGCAGUUGCUCGAGGAGCAGAAGAAGACGAUGACGAGGAGGAGGAUGAAGAGCACAGCGAAACAUUUUGCGGAAGCUGUGGCGGCAUAUACAGCGCGAGCGAGUUCUGGAUCGGCUGUGACAUCUGCGAGCGGUGGUUCCAUGGCAAGUGCGUGCGGAUAACCCCGGCUAAAGCGGAGCACAUAAAGCACUACAAGUGCCCCGACUGCAGCAGCUCCAAGAAAAUCAGGCAAUAGGCUAAGUCCUGCAAUUGUGCAACAACAGCCGUCUCUGACCCAUCUGAUCAAACUACACCAUGUUUCUUUCCUCCGCAAGGUCGCAGCUAGCAGAUGUGGAUUUUUUUCUAGGAAAUGUGCUUUCUCCCAUGUGGUAGUCUUGUAGGUGGUGCUGUGAAACUGAUACAUACUACUAGCUUGUUAUAGAUGUCUCCUUCAUUGCCGUUGGAUGUCAAGUGUUGUCAAUGUCGUUGUAGCUUUCACAGAUGAAAUUUCUGAAUGGGGUUUUCGCCGAUUUUGAUGAAA